UUUCUUUUCGGAGUGGAUUCCCCUAAAACCAGCAAACAACUCACUGCUGCCUUCGCGUCUUCUUCAUCCCGCGGUUCCUUCGCCCAUCGGAAAGGCGAUGCCACGAGGGUUUUAACUCUUUUCGGCCGCAACUUGGGAGACACCUGAAUUUUCCCCCACCCCCAUUUGGGGUCUUUUUUCUUUUUUUUAAAGCCUUUCUUUUUUUUUUUUUUUUGUCUUCCCUUAAAGACCUGCCCUUUUUGUUUUCGCAGCCAAACGCUCUUACUGCCGGGUGUUUAGAGUUUCAUGAGUGGCAAUGUGUAGCAAAGCGCUCCUAGCACUCCUGAUCUAUGGCAUAAUAAUGCACUGCAGCGUCUACUGCUCACCUGCAGCCGGACUUCAGUACCCGGCUCUCAGGCUGGAGGAUGAGGUCUACGACGAGGAUGGGAACACCCUGCCGGACUUCGCGUAUGAUCACGAGCCCCUUGGUAUAGCGAAUCCGUCCUCCAUGAUCGGCGAGAUGUACACCUUGUAUUACCCACCGGAAAAGAGGCACGCCGAUGGGAUCUUCAACAAAGCCUACAGGAAACUCCUGGGCCAGCUAUCCGCCAGGAAAUAUCUGCACUCCCUGAUGGCUAAGCGGGUCGGCGGUGGCAGCGGCGGCCCGGGGGACGAGACGGAACCGCUGACCAAGCGGCACAUAGACGGCAUCUUCACGGACAGCUACAGCCGCUACCGGAAACAAAUGGCUGUCAAGAAAUACUUAGCAGCCGUCCUGGGGAAAAGGUAUAAACAAAGAGUUAAAAACAAAGGACGCCGAGUAGCGUAUUUGUAGCGAUGAGUAACCAGCCACUCCUGUGUAUACAAAGUCCUAAGAGAGAGAGAGAGAGAAAGAGAGAGAGAGAGACCCAACAACAACAAAAAAUCUAAACAAAAACAAAAGUAAUUUCCAAACUGACUGAACAAUCACCGCUCCUGUGUUACCUAAACAUGUAUUUAUGUAUGAAGUAAAGCCAUUAAAUGAAUAUUUUGAUAAUAAUAUUGUUUUUCUUUUGUACAAAAGCACUAGAGAAACGCACAGUUCUACUUUGUGGACCAAUCAUUAAGUUAUAUAUAAUAUAUAAAUAUAUAUAUAUAAAUACUACUAAGAAUACUAAAGAACAAUUCUUCAUAUAAAGCCUGCACAAAAACAAAAAUUCGCCUGAGCUGUUUAUGUUUUUAUAGAAAAUAAAUAGGAAAAAAAAAAAGGACAAUCAUUGUUUUGAAUAUUAUUCCUAUUUUUGUAACGGAAAUUAAAAGGAUAGUAUUUUUAUCCGCGACAGGGUCGAAGACAUUAAUUUUCACCAUUUGCUACUGUACAUAGAGAAGGAUGCCCUGCUCCCAGGGGAUUAUGAGGAAAAUGAUUUGGGAAAAUUGGCGAAGCAGAUUCUUCCCCCGGUGAGUCCCAAGGCAGGCUCCUUUGCCACUAGCCUCUCUGGAGAGGCAACUUCCCUUUUCCUCUAGAUUUCGAUAUUUAUUUUUUCUCCUCCUGCUAUCUUUGAUUCAAGUUGUAUCUAUAUUAGUGUCUCCUCAAACAAUGAGCUUAGAAGAUAAUUCUCUUGUGAAAAACAACAGCUCGAUCCAAAUUGUUCAUCUUAGUUGCCUAUUGGAGGGAGAAAUAGUUAAAAACGAAAACAAAACCAAAAUAGCAAAAAAGAAAAUUCAAAACAAAAAAAUAAGCCAAAGCCAACCCCCACCCCCUAGAUCCCGAACCAGCAGCAAAGAUAGUAAGUACUAAGCCCCGUGCACUGCUCUUCUGGCUGGCUGGGCAGAGUUGCAGAACAAAGCGAAAGCGGAGAUAGGACCCGUGUGGAAAGAGCGGGGAAGUGAGCGGCGGCGGCCCCCGGCGUCCCCCGAGGCACCCGGGGCCGGCUCUGGUACCGAUGUCGGUGCCAGAGCCGGUGCCGCAAGGUGUAGGGAAGACGAGGCAACCCCACCUCCGAUCCGCUACCCAACUGCCCCGAGCAGCUCGGUACUGGACCUGGAUGCAAAGUACAGUGUGUUACUCUCCAGUGCUGUCCAUGCUUUUCAUCAUGUGUAACAAGCAGGGUUCUCGCCUUUGCAGUUUUUUUUUCUGUCGGACUUGCUCUUUUCUUUGACUGUUUUAUCUUGUAGACCCUCCUGCCUCUCAUCCUCUCUUCGUACUUUUCCGAGCUCUGUUUAACCCACCUGAGUAACCUUUUCGGGUUAUGUUCUUUUGAGGAACAAAAAGUAAAAAAAAAAAAGAUAAAAAAAAAAAAAAGAUUGUGAACGCUCUCUCACUCCUUUGUUCUGUUUUAUGCAAGCUCUUGUUGUACAAGUUUAGGAACCCCUGUUGUAGCUACCACUAAAGACUUAUGCACUACUAUGAAAGUUUUUGUUCCUUGUUUAUUGAGUUUGGAGGUAAAAUGUAUUUUUCUACAUUCUGGCUUAUUGCUUAGUAAAAUUUAUUUCAUAAAACAAACUUUUGUCAUAAAAGAAUGUGUAGUGUUCACCUGUGGUCCGGUUUCUAACGAGAUAAACCAUUUCCACCUCA